GAUGGAAUUAGAUGGACUAGGGGGCGUGGGGGGGGGUUAGCAGCGUAUGAACGCGUGGAGCAACGCCGUUCGGGGAUUGGUUGUAAAUUUGCAUAGAGUUCGGAUGCUCCAUAUGCCCAGCCCCUCCCUAUUCACCCUCAUCCUCGAACCCGGAAGAUUCUCUAUUGCUCGGUCACGAUUGAUAUUCGCUCGGCGCCUCGUUGUGCAUCUGAGCCAUUCGAUGUUCGUCGUUGGUUUCAGCGUGGAGAAUCGAGACGAUGCCACGGCCGCCACGACUUUGCAUACUUCGUGACAUCUACUUUGUCUGACGGUGGUCCGGAACUCAUGUGAUUUGAUAUGUCAGUAGUAAUAUCACAUUCCGGAAGGACUGGUAAUCGGU